AUGGGUGACCUGGCCGCCCUCUUUUCGCAACACGAAAUUUGCCCGAACAUCCUGGAGCAGCCGCCCCGGGAAAAGCUCAAUCUGGUCUGGGAUGGGAUCAAGGUCGAGCCCGGGAUGACGCUGCAAGUGCGCAACCUGAAGAACGCGCCGCGCUUCAACCUCAACGUUGACCCGGAGAGCACCUUCACCAUGCUCAUGAUCGAUCCGGACAACCUGUCGCGGAAGAACCCGUCGGUGUCUGAAUGGUUGCACUGGCUCGUCUGCAAUAUUCCUGCAUCAAACGUGCUCGAGGGAAUUAAUGGAGGCCAGCACCAGAUGGCCUACGGGUCGCCGGGGCCGGGACCUCGCACUGGACUCCAUCGCUACAUCAUCCUCAUGUGGGAACAUCAGGGACGACGAGUGGCGGAGCCAAAACCCAGUACGCGGGCCAAGUUCUCGGUGAAGAAGUUUGUGGAAAAGCACAAGCUCGGCCAACCAAUCGCCGGCAACUUUUUCUUCGCCCAAAACGAGACACAA